AUGUCGUUGAACGUGAAACAGAAUCAAGCUCUGAAUUUUGUGGGCCAAGGUCACAAUCUGCUAAUUCUAGGCUCAGCAGGUACUGGGAAAUCGUUCUUAAUUAACAGUAUUGUAGAAAUGUGUAAACAGCUUGGGAAAACGUGUGCAGUAACAGCGACAACAGGAAUUGCUUGUAGUGUGUAUCCCCCUCAACUUAACCCGAUGACCAUUCAUCGGUGGUCUGGUAUUGGUGAUGGUAGAUAUGGGCCCUCUGAAAUAAAACGUAUUGUUUCAAACAAUGUUAAAUUUACAGAUGUGUUAACUAGAGUGAAGAAUACUGACGUUUUAGUAGUUGAUGAAGUGUCAAUGAUGAGCAAGAGAUUCCUGGAAUCUCUAAAUGAGGUUUGUUCAUUAAAGAAUGAGACAUUAUUUUUUGGAGGUCUACAAGUAAUUUUAGUUGGGGACUUUCUUCAGUUAGCACCAGUACCUUGUGCCCGUUAUAAUGAAGAUGGAUGUUAUUGUUUUGAAAGUGAUGUUUUCAACCAAGCUUUCCCUCAUGUUACAAUUCUUACAGAGGUUGUGAGACAGAAUGAAAGGGACAUGAUAAAGGCAAUCAGGGAGAUAUCCAUUGGAGUGGUGUCUGAUGAAACAAUCAAAUUAUUAAAAGAACUUCAAAGACCAUUACAAGAUGAAACCAUUAAACUUUUUUCUACAAACGAUUUAGUUGACGACUAUAAUCGUGAUAGAAUACUUGAUUUUCCGGGCCCAAUACAUGAAACAAUUUCAAUAGACACUGGUGAUAAAAAAUACUUGAAAGGACAGACUACACCUAGAAACCUUUGGCUUAAAAUUGGAUAUCCUGUGAUGCUCAUAAAAAAUUAUCAAAUCGUAUUUGAUCCAAGAAAAAAUGCUGUUGUUGCAGUCAGGGAACAAUAUCCACUGAAACCAGCCUAUGCACUUACUAUUCAUAAAAGCCAGGGUAUGACUUUGGAAAGAGUUGAAGUUGACUGCCGGGACAUAUUCAAACCAGGUCAACUUGGUGUAGCAAUGGGAAGAGCAUGCACACUGGAGGGCCUGAGGGUAAUAAAUUUUACAAGUAAAGUAUGUAUACAGCAACCUGAAAAGAUCCUACGAUUUGUGAAUGCCGAAGAUAGUCUUAAAACAGAACAGGACAGAAGCUGUUGUAAUUCUUUUGUUAGGUGA